CAACCCACCCCAGUUACCACAAUCGCCGCUACCAAAAAACCCCAGCCUGUCCCCUGGACUCACCUGGAAACCAUCCACGUCAUCCAAACCUACCAGGAGAAAUGGUACUCCCUCAAACGCGGCCAGCUCAAAGCCAAUCAGUGGGACGAGAUUGCCCUCACCGUCGCUGCCCGCUGCGGCUACGAAUUCUCCCAUCACCCCGCUAAAUCCCCCAUCCAGUGCCGCCACAAGAUGGAGAAGCUCCGCAAGCGCUUCCGAGCCGAAAAGCAACGGUUUGGACGCUCUUCCCCCUGGCACUACUACCAACUCAUGGACUCCCUUGACCGUGGCCCUGUGCCCCCUAUCGCUGCCCGCCCCCUCGCCCUAUAUCCCUUCUCUGCAAACGAGGCGCCCGAUUGCGAUCACAGCGAACCAAUUUACGAGGAUGACGAUGAAGAUGAUGAAGAGGGUAAGAGAUACAGUAAGUCCAGGAGUAUUAAUUACAUACUGAGGAGGCCUAGUCUUGUAAAUAGGUUUGCAGGGAAUGGUGAGACCUUUUCUGGGUUUGCGCAGAACUCGUUGAGGAAGCGGAGAAUUGAGGAGGAAGAGGAAGAGGAAGGGGAGAGAGGAAGAGGGAGAAAUGUUGGAUUUGAAUUGGCUGCAGAGAUACGAGGUUUCGCAAAGAGUGUACUGAGGGUGGAGAGGAGAAAGAUGGAGAUGAUUAGGGAGACAGAGAAGUAUAGAAUGGACAUGGAGAAUAAGCGGAUUGAAAUGAUAAUGGAUUCACAGAGGAAAGUGGUUGAUACGAUCCAAAAGGCUUUUGGGCUAUUGCCAGAAAAUCUGAAGUCCGAGCAAGAAGUCUAGUUGGUGAAGGUUUCAUUGGUAGUUGCUUUAUGAUAGUUUAAACUUUCAAAGCAUGACUUUCUUUUUUCUUUUUCUUUUGGAAUGUUGUUUAUAAUUUGGAGUACGAAUGACGCAGUUGUAUAUGUGUAACUGGAAGCAACUAACAUAGAGAUAUAUAUAGAUAUAUCCGAACCCUGUUCAAUGUUUAGUUACUCAAUGAAGCAGUUUAAAGAUCAAACUUAUCAAA